AUGAACAGGCCGCGCUGCGGCGUCCCCGACACGCGGCCGCCGGCGUCCCCGCCGCCCCGGGUGCGGCCCAAGCGCUUCGCGCGGCCGCUACCGCCACGGAGCCCGGGGUCCGAGGACGCCGCGCCCCGCAGGGACACCCGGGCCUUCGCCAAGAGGACGCUGACGUGGCGGCUGCUGGGGGAGGGCGCCAGCGGCCAGCUGUCCGUGGACGAGCAGCGGCACAUCCUCAGACUGGCCUUCAGGAUGUGGAGCGAGGUGACGCCGCUGGACUUCCGGGAGGACCUCGCCGCCCCAGCGGCCGCGGUGGACAUAAAACUGGGGUUCGGACGAGGCCGGCACCUGGGCUGUCCCCGGGUUUUUGAUGGCAGCGGGCAGGAGUUUGCACACGCCUGGCGCCUGGGCGACAUCCACUUUGACGAUGAUGAGCACUUCACACCUCCCAGCAGUGAUGCGGGCAUCAGCCUUCUCAAAGUGGCCGUCCAUGAAAUUGGCCACGUACUCGGCCUGCCUCACACGUACAGGACGGGAUCCAUAAUGCGGCCGAAUUAUACUCCCCAGGAGCCUGCGUUUGAGCUGGACUGGUCGGACAGAAAAGCCAUUCAGAAGCUGUACGGUUCAUGUGAAGGAUCGUUUGAUACCGCAUUUGACUGGAUUCGCAAAGAGAGAAACCAAUACGGAGCAGCGAUGAUGAGGUUUAGCACGUAUUUCUUCCGCAACGGCUGGUACUGGCUUUACGAAAAUCGAAACAGCCGGACACGCUACGGGGACCCCAUCCAAAUCCUCAGCGGCUGGCGCGGAAUCCCAACACAAAACAUAGACGCUUUUGUCCACCUCUGGACGUGGAGAAGAGACGAACGCUAUUUCUUUAAAGGAAAUCAGUACUGGAGAUACGACAGCGACAAGGAUCAGGCCUACACAGAGGAUGAACAAGGGAGAAGCUACCCCAGAUUGAUUUCGGAAGGAUUUCCUGGCAUUCCAAGUCCUCUGGACACUGCCUUUUAUGACCGGAGAAAACAGUUAAUUUACUUCUUCAAAGAGUCCCUCGUGUUUGCAUUUGAUGUCAACAGAAAUCAAGUACUUGAUUCUUAUCCAAUGAAGAUUACUGAGGUAUUUCCAGGAAUAGAGCCACAAAACCAUCCUUUCAGAAAUAUAGAUUCAGCCUAUUACUCCUACGCACACAACUCCGUUUUCUUGCUCAAAGGCAAUGCGUACUGGAAAGUGGUUAAUGCCAAGGACAAACAGCACCAGCCUUGGCUUCCUUCAAAUGGCUUAUUUCCCAAGCAGCCCAUCUCAGGGAGGUGGUUUGACAUUUGUGAUGUCCAUGCCUCCACCCUGAACAUGUAAGGAGAAAAACAGGCAAGUGGGGAAAGGGAUUUCUCUUCUGAGAGAAAGUCGGGUCUUUUACAAAGAAAAUAAACCAGAUCUUUAGUAACCAAAACAAAUAGGGCUAAAACCCAGUGGAAAAAGCUAUUACCUGAACUUUUCAAAUACGUGGUUUAGAAGUCCGUUUUACGGGC